AUGUCAGCUGGACUGAUCUCAGAGAUGAUUUACCAGGUAUAUAAAAGCACAACUAAGCAGAAGAAAGAAAGUCGUCUAGAUCUUUUUCACCGAGUUUUGUUUUUCCCAGAUAAAGUAGUGGCUUGCAAAGCACAUUUCCGUGGAAGAGAUGGUUGCAAAAACGUGAACUGUCAUUUUUCGCACAGUGACACAAGUCUUAGUGAGCUGUUGAAAUACAUAACAAAUGCAAAGAGAAGUCUCGAUGUCUGCGUCUUCAGUAUCUGCUGUCAUGAGUUGGCUGAUGUGUUGGUCGAGUCUCAUGAACGCGGAGUGAUCGUCAGAGUGGUUACUGACGGUGAACAGACUGGAGCUACUGGAUCUCAGAUUGGGAAAUUCAGAAGUAAAGGUAUUCAAGUUCGUCACGACAACUCUUCCUUCUUGAUGCAUCAUAAGUAUGUUAUCAUUGAUGGAGAAAUUCUCAUAAAUGGAUCAUUUAACUGGACAAGAAGUGCUGUCACUGGUAACCAUGAGAAUGUUGUCAUAACUAAUAAUACAGAACUGCUGAAACCAUUCGAGGAGGAAUUUGAGAAUCUCUGGGAGCUGUAUGAACCGUCUAAGCAUCUAAAAUAGUCAGAUCAAAACUAAUGUUCAUACAGCAUGAUAAUAAUACAACACAUCAUAUAGGGUCCUUUUUUGCUUUGAAGAAUUGGUCCAGCAUGCAAUUAAUUAGAAGAGUCAUGUGACCUCAUUCUAUUUUGACCAUAAAAUCAGUUUACAAAUCUAGAAACUAUUUCUUGAAACACACUAUUUUAUUUAUUCAUUCAGAUUUAUGCAAACAUCACAUACAAUAUAAGGUCAUUUGGCAAAAAAAGUUUGAAAUUUGGUCCUAGAAUUCCAAAUAACCAUGGCAUCAUCUCAAAGUGACUGACAAUACUUAUGUUGAUGUCAUUUUUGAACCGUCAAUCAAAUUUACAUUAAAUAAUCGACACCAAAUAAUAGUGACUACCUCCAUUCCUACUUUAAAAUCUGUAU